CUAAAUAGUCCGAAUAGUGAAAUAAAGCCUCCAGUAAUGAUAGGAUUGUGUUAAAUACGUUUAGUCUCUUAAGUACAAGAAAACACAAGAAGUUGACUUUUGAUUUUACUCACUCGAUCUCAACCGCGCGCUCUCCAAGAACUUUCACGUUGGACACUUCAGCGAGAUCGAGAGGCUGACCACGCGCCGAAAAAAUGCUGCUCAUAAACGCCGUGAAAGGUGCACGAACGACGCAAGUUAAAAUGCUCAUAAAAGUUGGAAUAAACGUCAAUGAAGCAGACGAAAAUGGACUUACAGGUCUUAUUCACUGUUGCUUUCUUCAAGAUGCUCGAGCAAGGAUGAAAAUUCUGAGAUGUUUGAUUGCAGCAGGUGCUAAUCUCAACAAAAAGGACAUUUAUGGACGUACAGUUCUCAGCUGGGCUUGUCUUAAGGGAAGAGUUGAAAUGGUUAGAUAUUUGCUGAACGACCCUCUUUGCAUUGAUCUCCGAGUGGAUGUCACAGACAAAGAAGGAAACAAUGCGCUACUUCUUUCUGUGAUGUCUGGCAACUUUCACAUUGUGAAAAUGAUGGUGGAGGUUUUAAGAGACACAGCGCUUGCUAGUGAGAUUAAUAAAGCUAACAACGAUGGUAUUCGGCCUUUAAUAGCUGCGUUUUUACGAGGAGAUAAACUCUGCGCGCAAUUUCUCAUAAAGCAAGCAGGAUCUUCAGUGUCGAGUGUCCUUAAGUACCGCAGGGCCCUUCAAAACGGAUCUCUUGAGUUUUUUACAUGUUCAUCGCUUUUGUUUGACUCUCCACACGGUAAUUUCCAUAUUGCUGAGAAUGAGCAAACAAGCCAACGUUUUGUUCAAUUCACAGAAGACGACAUUUUUGGGUUUCUGUUUGCAAAGGAUGAAGACAUGUCCGACGCGCAGACGAGCAAAUCCCAAGAGUUAAAGCUGGACGACAAUAACAAUAAUCUGGCGCAAAAACAUCUUCUGUUGUCAAGAAGAUCUGGAAUAAGAAAACAAGGAAAUGUUCUAUCAUUUCAACCUCAACGACCUCCUUCAGCAGAAACAAUUUCAGACAUCUCCCAGAUAAACACUUUUAGUUCUCCCGCGGACAACACUUCAAGAUCGGCAAAUAUCACGCGGGAAGUGUCCGAUUCGCAGAGCGCUGGUUCGUCGUCACGAACAUCCGUUCAAAAGCUGCUGAUCUUGUACGCAGAACAGAUUUCACCCUCCUACAGACAAGGCUUACCCAUACGUAGAUACACGCCCACCCAGCCCGAUAUCUUUAAUGAAUCUAGCAGAGACAUUGACUCCAGACGCUCUAGUUUGCUUACAGGGAACGAAUCCGACCGAAAACUGCAAGCGUUUGCGGACUCCUUGGCAGGACCUUCACCGGGACUUCUUGGUGAAUCCCUUAUGGAUCAGCAGCUUCGUAUGAAAUAUGUUCGCAAUUCUAGAGCCGCCAGUAUGCAAGUUCCAAGGUUACCGGCCCUUUCCGUGGGGCGCGGGAGAGUCAAAAGAACAAGAUCAUCCACUAUCAUGUCGGUUAACAAAAACUACACGAACUCUAACUAAAUGAUAACGAGUAAUAAAAUAAACAGUGAUCACUUUUAAUUUGAAACAAGCCUUUGUAGCCUCUCUCUAAGUUGUUAUUGGAUAAGUCUUCGAAAUCAGCUCUAUUCAGCUGGUUAUCACCCAUCGCAGCCAGAGGAAGCUACUGGAAGGUCUCACCUAUUCUGUAU